CAAAUCGCUUAGGAGGCAUAUACUCCGCCAUUUUGAUUUUUAGUCGGCGCGCCGCUUACAUGGAAUAGUGGGAAACAAAAAAUUUGCUACUUAACAAAGUUGUUUUAAAAACACAAUUAUAAACUUAAAAUAUUCCUUAAAACUAGCGCAUUUUUUUUAAAGUAGUUACUGUGUAAUCAAAUUAUGGAUGGGCCAAACCGCGGUUUUCGCGGUGGAGGACGUGGUGGUCCUCCUGGGCCAAGAGGUCGUGGAGGAUUUGACAUGCGUGGCCGUGGCGGUGGACCCGGCAUGAGAGGUCGCGGAGGGCCUCCAAGAGGCGGUCCGGGUAGAGGAGGACCACGUGGUUUUAGAGGAGGACCAAUGAGAGGCGGUGGUGGAGACAGAGGCGGUAGGGGUUUUCCUCCAGGACCUCAAGGACCUGGGCCACAUCCAGUACCCACAAUAGAAUCGAGGGGAGGACCUCCACAAAGAGGUGGUUUUAAUAAUCGUGGAGGUCCUGGAGGCAUGCGAGGAAGAGGAGGUCGCGGAAGAGGGGACUUUGGUCAACGUGGUGACAGGGGAGGUGGUCGUGGAGGAAUGCCCAUGAGAGGUCGCGGAGGUCGUGGCGGUCACGGUCCGCCCCCGGGCGGCCCCCCGCUCGGAGGCGGGCUCCCGGGCCCGGCACCGGCCGGACCGCGACCCGCGCCCGCGCCGGCGCCUGGCCUGCCACCCGCGCACCCGCCGGCCGGCUUCAAACGGGGCGGUGGACCUCCGCACGGUGGACCUGGAGGACCACCAAAACGAGGAAGGUUCGACGGUCCCAGAGGCGGUGGCGGACGACCGCCGCCGUCGGCGUACCAGCCGGUGCCGGCCCCACACGGUGGAUCUCCGGCGGCCAACGGAUAUGGACCGCCAUCGCAUACGGGAUACCAACCAUAUGAACAACCAGCAGCAGAUCCUUAUGCUCAGCCAUCUUAUAGUACACCCAGCUCUUAUCAAGGGAAUAACUAUGCCGCACCUGUGCCUCAAGGAAAUACUAGCUAUAACUCCAGUACAUAUGGCUCAAAUUAUGGUUAUUCAACAAGUGGGCAAGGUGGAUAUGAAAAUGAUAGUUAUGGUGGGCACGGUGGCGCGGGAGACGCGGGAUACGGUGCUGCGGAGCCCGCCUACGGAGGCGCCGCCCCCGCCUACGACUCCUACUCGCAACCUUCUUACAACUCCUACCAGCAGCCGCAACCGCAGUAUAACAACAGUUAUGGCAGUUGGUGAUCUGUUUGAAUAUAACAGAAUUUAAUCGUCCAUAACUACUACACACAAAAUAUAAUAGCUGGAACAUUUUGUUGAAGCAUUUGGAUAUAGAAUUAAAAUUAGUAUGUAAAUUAGGAAAUCUAAUGUUAUCUUGAAUUCAGUUUUAUAUAUGGGAACGAGAAUGAGUGUGACAAAUUUAUUAAUGAAUGACAAGCAUACAUAGUUCAUAUUUUAUUUAAAUUAUAGUAAUACAAUUCAUAGUUCUGUUCUAUUUGAUUCUGUAAUGGCUACCUAGAACUUGGAGAUUUUAAGUGUAUAACAUUACAUACUACUAAAAAAUUACGAAAGCCAACUGUAGCUAUGGUAAAAUAUUACCAUGUUUUAGAAAAUAAGGAGGACCCAAUUCGUAAUAAAAUUAUGAAAUGCUAUGUGUAUAAUUUAUUUAAAGACCACAAUGAUAAUAAAACUUUUCUAAGGGUGUAAAAUACAGAA